UUUGCCAAGGAAUUUGCCAAUGCAGAGCCCCAGCAUCACCAUGUAGAAUAGAUGCAAAAUUAAGUUGCACACCAUGACAACUUUCUGUGAUGAGUAGUAGACCGUAAAUUAAGCGUUGAUAUUUGAAGCAGAUGGACGAUUUUUGGAUAAUUAACGAUAAGUGUGUAGCCAGGAAACGUUUGUUCUAGAGUAUACCGUGUAGUCACGUGGCUUUAUUUCUAUUAUAGAUACCCCAAAAGUGUCUUUUGAACUAUUAAUAUCGAGUGAUAAUGAACGGUAUUCAGUGUCACUGCCCAGGGCUGGAGUCGGCCUGCGAUGGAGACAAUUCGCCAUACAAUUCUCAGCCAAUGGCCAGCCAGUUUCCCUGUGCCACUGUUCACGACGACCGUGACAAGAAGAAAAAGUCUGGCAGCAGCAAAUCAUUUCUGCCCUCGUACAUUCACGAUAAGGAGAUAAUGGCCAGAAUGGUGUCCCACGACUACGGCCGCCAAUGGCUGGCAGAGCGGGACGCCUGGUUCGAACAGCACGCCACAUCCGACGACAGCCUCCGCACGCGCAUGCUGGACAGGUGCCAGAAAACCGAGAUCGAAUAUGUGAAUGCCCAGAAAUGUUACCGUGACCUAAAAGAACAAAUUGCAAGAGGACGACUAGCAGGAUCAAAAAAGAAGUAAGACCCAUUGAACCAUGAAGUAUAUAUACAUUCGGUCCCCGAAUGUACGUGUUUUACUGGAAUUAAAUUAAUGUGUAAUGUGUAACCAGCGACAUCACUGGAAUGUAUUUUGCAGCGAUAAGACGUCAUUAUUGACAACACCUAUGAGAGCGAAUAACUUUUUCAGGUACAAGCAUGUCCAAGGGGCUCUCGACACGCAUUGGGAGCCGUAUCCACCAAUCAAGGGAUGGAGAUGCUGAAGCCUCCGUUCUUACCAGCGCUGGAUUAGAAUACCUUGAUAGGAGAAAAAAUGGAACAAAAAGGAGCUUUUCAGUAUACUUUACCAGGGUCUCAGAAACUGAAAACCAUAGAAGACCGCUACAUCUUCAGAAUCUGUGUCUCUAAACACAUAUUGUUAGAAAUGAAUUCAAAAUCAAAUGAAAUAAAAAAAUACAUUUAUCAAAAUUCAA